UUCUCCUCUCCAGUACUGGCAGGCUGAUGUAAAGGCCUGGGAAUGGGGAAACACCCGCUGAGUGUUUGCACACACUUACUCUCCUUUAUUGCCGAGAGGGAACUCCUGAUCGUCACUCCCUGGAAUUUUGCACUUUUGUAUCUUUGUUUUUCACUAAGGUUUCAGUAAUCAAGGCUGAAUGUGCAGAAGAGGGUAAGACAACAGACUUCUGUAAUGGUUGAGGACAAGACUCUCAACUGGGAUGACAGGACAGUGUCGUAGGCAGAACAGACAGCUAUUAGCAAGCACAUUUCCGUUCCAGUUAGUUGAUGUGGACCUGACGAAACAUACCCAGUGCUCCUGAAUUAACGCUCUGACCCUCCUGGCCAAAUCCCGGAGGAGGCUGAGGCACCAUGCGCUGCUCGACGCUGCUGACAAUCCUGGCAGCUGUGCUGCUGUAUCUGGUGAUAGGAGCAUUGGUGUUUGGCUGGUUGGAGGCUCCCAAAGAAGAACAGGCUUAUAUGCAGCUGUUUAACUCUCGAAUCACAUUCCUGAACAAGCACAACUGUGUUCAAGUGAGCAGCCUCAGUGAGUUCACUCAGCAAGUAAUUGAUGCAAUUGAGGCUGGUGUGGAUUCCAGAAGCAUUUCUAAUUUCAGCACCAGAUGGGAUUUUGCCAAUGCCUUCUUCUUCUGUGGGACCAUCAUCACCACCAUUGGUUUUGGAAACCUCUCCCCGAAGACAGAGGGAGGCCAGCUCUUUUGUAUAUUCUAUGCCCUGGUGGGGAUUCCCAUGUUUGGCAUCCUGUUAGCUGGAGUCGGAGAUCAUCUGGGCACCAUGCUCAGGAGGGCAGUUGCAAAGAUAGAGGCACUGUUCCGGCAGAAGAAGGUGAGCCACACCAGCAUACGGAUCAUAUCUGCAGUGUUCUCCAUUCUGAUUGGCUGCUUGAUCUUCAUUGCCUUACCCACCGUGGUGUUUCAGGAAGUGGAAAACUGGACAUUUCUGGAAGCAGGAUACUUUGUAGUAAUCACACUGACAACUGUGGGCUUUGGUGACUAUGUAGCAGAGAACCGGAGAAAUGGUAUUCCUAUAUACAAGCCCCUGGUAUGGUUGUGGAUUGUGUUUGGCUUGGCCUACUUCGCCUCCAUCCUCACAAUGAUAGGCAACUGGCUCCGAAUGCUCUCCAAGAAAACCAGAGCAGAGAUGGAGGAGCUAAGAGCACAUGCUACAGACUGGACCCAGAAUAUCCAGAACAUGUCUAUGGAUUUUCGCAUCCCUGUCCCUUUGGACCUUAAUGAUCCUUUCCAGCUCCAGCGUAGGCGCAGAAGGAAACGCCGCCGUGGUGCCCACCACCGGCAUCCAAAGCUUGCUGUGGAUAGACGUCAUCAUGGAGUUUCUUUGGAGGCUAAUUCCAUCAGAAAAAAUGGCCAUCUAUUUGUGAACUUGCCUGGUUCCCGGUAUAACAGUGCAUCAGACACCAGAUUAUAUACGAGUUAUGAGAAGAGAAAUGGAUCAUCAGGACAAAGAUCAAUGCCUGUCUCACAAUCUGAAUUGAGGUUUCAUUCCAAGCCUGGAUCAGGAUCCACAUCUAGAUCAGUUUCAGGAUCAGACUCCAGAUCUGAGACACCGUCAGAUUCCUGGUCUCAGUCAGAGUGGAACUCGCAGGGGUCUGGGUCAGGAGCCGAGUCCGAGAAAACGCAGGCAAAUGAAAAUGAUAUCCCUGUUGUUUUGAUUGGAAGCUGCCUGAGUCUUCCACCUCCUUCUUCUGCUGCUUCUUUUCCCCCUGGGCCCUCUCUCUUGGACUUCUUUGGUGAGAAUCUGGCCUACAUUGAUGAGUCUUCAGACACACUAAGUGACCACAUCAAAAUGUCUAGAGCUGGAUCAAAGCGGCCUCGCAGGCCCAAGAAAAGAAGCAUGAAAAGGUGGCUUCCAUCUUUGACUCCUUUAGGACUACAGAGAGCAUGUAGCACUGAACUUCAUCCCCCAUCAUAUCCGCCAACACCUCCGCCACUAAAAGCAGAAGACGUUAGUCCCCAAUCUCUGCAGGAAAUGUAAAACUUAAGUUUUUCAGUCCAAGCUUAGCAGAGGAUAAGAAAUGUACGGGUAGCCACAUAAUAAUCUGUUAAUUUACAAAGAAACAAUGUUUUCAUGGAAAAGUCCUGUCCCUGUGGCUGGCCUGAAAAAGAUGUCAGCAAGCAUACGUGUUCAGUGUUUGAUACUUGGUACUCUUACCCAGUGGUUGAAUUUCAGAAAUGUCUUAGGGGCUGUGAUUGAUUACAAUGGCAUAGGGUUUGGGAAUAUAGCCAUUAUACACUCACUGGACACUUUAUUAGGAACAACCACCCACCUACUGUUUUAUGCAGUUCUCUAAUCAGCCAAUCCCUUGACAGCAGCACAAUGCAUCAAAUCAUGCAUAUACAAAUCAAGAGCUUCAGUUCAUGUCAGGCUUGUAGUACUCGAGUCCGACUCGUGCCCUAAUUUUAAGGACUUGUGACGCGACUUGGACUUGAGCACUGAUGACUUGGACUCGGACUCGUACAUUAACUGCAUUAGGACUCGGAAAUUGGACACGCGGACUCAGAUUUUUUCUUUAUUUUUUGUAACAUUCUAUAAUAAUUUGGCAUAAGAUAUUUAUACUCGUAUCUACAUUCAUUUUUAUACUAAUUUUGUGCAAGAGUGUCACACCUGCGCGCUUUGGCGUGUGCAUCAGAUAGACUCUCGGGCGCGCCCCGGACAGCGCACGUGCCAAGUGGACUCUUGCGUGCGCGCCAUAAACAACUUGCACCUGUGCAGGAUUAAGGUGCAAACAGCGCCCCUAUAAAAACUGUGAAAACACACUUACUUUGCGAAGUAUUGAGUUGCGUUGCUAACACAUUACCGAGCCUUAUUUCCUUGUUUGGUUUCCUGAUCCCUGAUUUCUUGUUUCUUGUCUUUGAUUCUGCCAAGUCUACAAUAGCCUGUUUGUGCCUCGCUCGACCUGUUGCCUGUUUCACUGUUUUACGAUUUUCCCUGCCGUUCUGGAUUGUUUACCUGUCUUCACUUGUAUUAAUAAACACACCUUCUGCACUUACAUCCGUCUCUCAACCAUCUCUGAGAGAAUACUUCACACUCCCUGAUAAAGAGAAUGCACAUUCACCUGUUCAUACGCCAUGUUCAGGAACAAACUAAUGUUAAUGGUGUUGAAACAGCCACCGUCAAAUGGUGCAGUUGGACUCGACUCGGACUCGAAUCGGAUCAAUAGUGGACUCGUCUCGGACUUUACUCGAAUUUGUUUUAAUGACUUGGACUCGACUCGAACUUGAACAUUGGGGACUUCAGACUGGACUCGAGGUUUAGUGGCUCGACUACAACACUGAGUUCAUGUUCACUUCAGACAUCAGAACGGGAAAAAUUGUGAUCUCUGUGACUUUCACUGUGGCAUGGGUGUUGGUGCCAGAUGGACUGGAUUGAGUUUUUCAGAAACUGCUGAUCUCCUGGGUUUUCACACACAACCGUCUCUAGAGUUUACACAGAAUGGUGCAAAAACUAAAAAAACAUUGACUGAGUGACAGUUCUGUGGGUGGAAACAAACGUUUUGUUGAUAAAAGAGGUCAGAGGAAACUGACCAGAUUGGUUUGAGCUGCCAGGAAGGAUAUAGUAACUCAUAUAAUCACUCUUUACAACUGGGGUGAGCAGAAAAGUAUCUCAGCAUGCUAUAGCAGAAAACCACAUUGGGUUCCACUCCUGCAGCCAAGAACAGGAAUUUUAGAAUCGAGAACAAGUUGCUGUUAAAGUGGCUGGUGAGUGUACAUAGCCUACAAAUUAAAUACAGCCUACAAAAACAGGUCAAAUUUUGAACCCUUAAGGGGUGUUGAGUUUUCCCUCUGGGGAAACCUUUCUCUGUAGAGCCUUUCAAGUGAGGGCUUCCUUAUCAGAAAUGGAUCCAAGCUCAAACCUUUUCGGUUUGGAAACUUUGAAAAUAGUGGGGGGUUUUCAUUGUUAAAGUAUACACUACUGUUCAGCUUAGGUAGCGUGUUUUUCAAAUUGCUCUGAAAAUGUCUUCUUUACCAAGAAACAAGGCCAACGCCAAUCUUACCCUGGAAUGCAUCAAAAAUGUCCUUACGCAGAAAAAAUGAAAGCCCAUGUAAACCAGUUUACUGUUGAUCUAUUAACAUAUAAAUGUAUUAUAUUUGUAUUAAUAACCUAUUUAAUGGGGAAAACAGUUAUGUAUUAAAAUAAUCCCCAAGAUUCUAAACACAGAUUUACCUUUUUUUAAACUGUAUUAACUGACAUAUUUCACAGAUUAAUGUUGGUUAUAUAUAUUUUUCCUUUAUAAGGACUUUUCUUUUAAAUAAUAGACAUCUAAAUAAUGUAUAAUAUACAUUAAUGAACACAGUUAUGAGAUCACAAAGGGGGGAGGGGGGUUUGCUUUACAAGUACAAGUAGUAUGCACAUGUUCUUGUCACUAAUACUGACACGUGCCUUUGUGAUAUUUCUGUCAAUCACGGAGUCUUUCAGCCAAUACUGAAAGGGUCUGAAGUGCAGCAUUCCCAGUUUUAUUCCUGUCGUUAAUACAAACCCUGGCAAAAAUUAUGGAAUCACUACUCUUGGACAGAGGUGGACAGUAACAAAGUACAUUUACUUGAGUACUGUACUUAAGUACACUUUUUGAGUAUCUGUACUUUACUUGAGUAUUAUUUUUUUGGGAAACUUCUGACUUUAACUUCACUACAUUUGAAAGACAAAUAUCGUACUUUUUACUCCACUACAUUUCUAUCUAGGUCCUCAUUACUCGUUACUAUGAAGCAGCUUUGAAAGUGGAUGUUUUUUCUUUUCUUUUCUAAAACAUGAUUGUUUUUUUCGCAGGUGACACUGAGACAGCCUGUCAGUAAUCACUAGGGUCAUGUCACAUCCAUAGACUGGAUAAAAUCAAGUUCAAUUAUUUCUCAACGGCAUUAUUUGAACACAUUCAGUUAAUGGCAGAAUGGAAGAAAGCAGUUCUUCUGGAGAAUGCACGCACCCAUGACCAUACCUAGAACCCAUGUUUCAGUUUUCUGAAAGGAUUAAAGGUUUGUUUCGUUUUAAAUGUUUGCUUUGUUUGUCGAAAACGAACCACAUCACAGCCAACAAAAACUCACCGUCCAACCUGCGGAAGCAUAUUGAGGGAUAUAAACGUUCUAUUCCAAGAAAAAGCUCGCAAUGAAGUUGUCUGUGCUUUUAGAGCAAGCGAUAACGUUGCAACAGCUAUGCAGUCUGGUUUGUCAAAUGACUUUCUAUGGAUUUGCUCAUCAAGUUGCCAUAGCCUUGUUCACGGCUAGUGUUAACACACAGCUAGUUAACUUGGACACUCUUAGUUAGCAUGUAAAAACAGAGUUACGCUAACAUGAAUAACAUAAACUUUUCUGAAGUCCUUUCAGAAAUAUCUCAUCUCAUUAUCUCUAGCCACUUUAUCCUGUUCUACAGGGUCGCAGGCAAGCUGGAGCCUAUCCCAGCUGACUACGGGUGAAAGGCGGGGUACACCCUGGACAAGUCGCCAGGUCAUCACAGGGCUGACACAUAGACACAGACAACCAUUCACACUCACAUUCACACCUACGGUCAAUUUAGAGUCACCAGUUAACCUAACCUGCAUGUCUUUGGACUGUGGGGGGAAAUCGGAGCACCCGGAGGAAACCCACGCAGACACGGGGAGAACAUGCAAACUCCACACAGAAAGGCCCUCGCCGGCCUCGAACCCAGAACCUUCUUGCUGUGAGGCGACAGUGCUAACCACUACACCACCACCGCCUUAGUUACAAAAUUUCAUUACAUUUUUUUAGAUAUAUUUUACAAAGCCAGAAUGUUCAACUCAUCUCAUCUCAUCAUCUCUAGCCGCUUUAUCCUUCUACAGGGUCGCAGGCAAGCUGGAGCCUAUCCCAGCUGACUACGGGCGAAAG